CAGUUAGGAAAGCUGGUUUAAAGGCAACCAACCAGAUUUGUGGAAACUAUUUGACAGAUAUGUCAAUGAUUGCCAUUUUCAUGAUUGCUUUGCAGCAUUACAGUUAAGUAAAUUAAUAUUUUUGAAAUGUAGGCAGCCAAUUACAAUAAAUUGUCAAAUGUACUGUGCUUAUUCUCACAUCUCUUUAUAUGGUGUAUUGGCGAUCGCACAAUUUCAUCUGCGUUCCUCUACCUACUGUGCGGGAUGGAAACAGGAUUCCCAAAAAUUGAACAAAAUACCUAAACUUAAACAUGUAAACGAAAUCAAACAACUUUUCUGUUAAAAAAUAAAUAAAACAGUUCUUACAUUUAUUUUCCUGGGUUGUGGGUUUACAGUAAUUGACAACACGAUGUAAUGUAAUGACGUGUGUGGGUGGGUGGCGCUAGUAAACACAUUUUGGAGGGAUUAAUGAAAAUGGCUCCAGCUAUGUACUUGGAAAUUGGUUUCCUCAUCGCUAGCUAGAAGCUAGCUUCAGCAGAAGUAAAACUUGGCUUGCUGAGGAGGUCGCUGAAACGAUAAGCGAAAGAUGCAGAGGGAUGUUUCGAGCUACGCCAUUGCGCCGUCUGUCAAAGUGAAACUCCUCAAUGCUGGGUUUCUUUCUGCUGCAGACCUGUGUGACUUGCGACCUCUCCAACUCAGCAAAGAGGCCUGCAUCUCCCAGGAGGAGGCAGUAGAGGUGCUGCAGGCUGUGAGGUGUGAGCCUGGCCAGGAGAGAGCAGCAGCAGGCAGGCUGACAGCCCUGGAGCUUCUGGGGAGAGAGCAGGAGCUGGGCACUAUAGUCACUUUCUGCUCAGCACUGGAUAUGGCCCUGGGAGGGGGCAUGCCAGUGGGAAAGACUACUGAGGUCUGCGGGGCGCCUGGGGUGGGAAAGACCCAGCUCUGUAUCCAGUUGUCAGUAGAUGUGCAGAUCCCUGCGUGUUUUGGGGGGUUGGGAGGCAAGUCUCUGUACAUAGACACAGAGGGCAGCUUCCUGGUCCAGAGGGCUGUGGACCUAGCGCAGGCAGCUGUGGAGCACUGUGGGCUUCUAGCAGAGGAUUCAGAACAGCAGGAAGCCUUGAAGGUGUUCACUGUGGAAACAAUCCUCUCCAAUUUAUUCCUUGUCCGUUGCCAUGACUACGUGGAGCUGUUGGCAGAGACAUACCUCCUGGCUGACUUCCUGGCUCAGCACCCUGGGGUCCGGCUGGUGGUGAUUGACAGCAUUGCCUUCUCGUUUCGCCAUGACUUUGAGGACCUCUCCCAGAGGACCCGCCUCUUGAACGGCCUCGCCCAGCGGCUCAUCCAGAUGGCCACCAAUCACAACGUCGCGGUUAUUCUUACCAAUCAGAUGACUACAAAGGUUUGGAGUGGCCAAUCGAAGCUUGUUCCUGCCUUAGGUGAGAGCUGGGGUCACGCUGCUACACAGAGACUCAUCCUACACUGGGAGGGCACACACAGACUUGCAUCCCUGUACAAGUCACCCAGCCAAAGGGAGGCCACAGUACCCUACCAGAUCACUGGUCAAGGCUUUCGAGACGCGCCCCCAUCAGACCAACCAAAGGCCUCAGAUGACCCCUCUGUGAGACAAUCGGGAAGCUUGAGCAAGCGUCCCCGGACGGAAGAGGACCAAUCUACAAGAACAUAGGGAAACAAGUGGUUUUAGACCAUGAAUGUGAAAUAUUGUUUUGUUUGAAUGGUAUUAUACUUAGGGGAACAAAAACCCAAUAUACUCUUGUCUGCACAUUUUGUUGCUGAAUAUUUUGCUCAACACAAUGUACAGUAUUUACACUGAGUUGAAAUAUACAAUAUUUGCCUCUGUCAAUAGCUGUCCUGUAAUUACUGCAUGUUAUACUAUCAUGUACAGGUAAUAGGGCGCCACAAGCCGCCAGAACAUCUUCAACACGCCUUGGCAUAAAUUCUACCAAUGAUUGUAUAUAUUGUAGGAAUGGACAAAGCCAUUAAUCACGUGACACCAUUAAUUCCUAUGUGAAGACACAAAAGCGCAUUGAAGACAAAAUAAUUUGGUUAAGAUGGCAUUGCAUGGAGGCAUAACAUGCUCAGUUUGAGCUGCUCCAGGAAGUGCCUUUGCAGUCUAGCUCAAUGCUGCCCCCUCUCAUUGAGUAAAGGCUUACUAGCCGUAUGUUAAGGUUCGGCUGGCGCCUAGGUGAACCGAACGAGUGUACUCGCAGACCUUCGCAUGAAAAGACCUUCGCUUGAAAAAUGAGAAUGCGACAAUGGUGCUGUUUGUCCGUAUUGAAACGCCAUGGCCAGUAUACACUUCCUCAAAUAGUCAGAAUUAAGAUCUUAGUCGUGCAAUUUGACAUCUUACGAGGAUGUUUGUUGCAGUAUUUCUCAAGUGAAAAAAUUUGCAUGAAAACGAGUCACUUGUUGAAUGACAAUAAGCACUUCAUUGAAGGAUCCCUACUGUUGACCAAUCAAUGGCAAAGGGGCGUUGACUUUGGCUUCUGAACUCUGGCUUGCCUCAAAUUAUGUUUGUGUGUAUGAACAGCCGAAAAAAAAGUUACAAUGUCAUCAAAAUACACUACAUAUGUAAAAGUAUGUGGACAUCAGUGGAUUGUGCUUUUUCAGUCACCCGUUGUUGACGGAUAUAAAAUCAGGCACACAGCCAUGCAAUCUCCAUAGACAAACACUGGCAGAAUAAUGGCCUUACUGAGGAGCUCAGUAACUUUCUGCCAUGCUAGAGUUGCCCCGGUCAACUGUAAGUACUGUUAUUGUGCAGUGGAAACAUGCAGUGGAUGGCACAGCUGCGACGUGGUAGGCCACACAGAACGGGACUACCGAUUGAAGCGUGUGGUGCGUAAAGAUUGUCUGUCCUUGGUUGCAACACUGACUACAGAGUUCCAAACUGCCUCUGGGAGCAACGUCAGCACAAUAACUGUUCGUCGGGUGCUUCAUGAAAUGGGUUUCCAUGGCCGAGGAGCCACACACAUUCCUAAGAUCACCAUGCGCAAUGCCAAGUGUCGACUGGAGUGGUGUAAAGCUCACCGCCAUUGGACUCUGGAGCAGUGGAAACGUGUUCUCUGGAGUGAUGAAUAAUGCUUCACCAUCUGGCAUGGGGCUGGGCGACAUGACCUAAUAAUCAUCUUGAUGUAUUUUAUACGCGUGUGUGUGUGUGUGUGUGUGUGUGUGUGUGUGUGUGUGUGUGUGUUUUUAGAACACCUACUCAUUCAAGGGUUUUUAUUUUAUUUUUUACUAUAUUCUACAUUGUAGAAUAAUAGUGAAGACAUCAACACUAAUGAAAUACUAUAUGAUUCCAUGUGUUAUCCCAAAAAAAGUGUUCACCAAAACUAAAUAUGUUUUAAAUUUGAGAUUCUUCCAAGUAGCCACUCUUUGCCUUUAUGAGAGAUUUUCACAUUGUUGGCAUUCUCUCAACCAGCUUCAUGAGGUAGUCAACUGGAAUGUAUUUCAAUUAACAGGUGUGCCUUGUUAAAAGUAGGGGUGCUACACAAAAGAUAGCCCUGUUUGGUAAAAUACCAAGUCCAUAUUAUGGCAAUAACAGCUCAAAUAAACAAAGAGAGACGACUGUCCAAAACACGAAGGUCAGUCAAUAUGGAAUAUUUCCAUCAAGCGCAAUACGGAACAUUUCCAUUUCCAAGAAGAAGAGCCUUGCUUGGCCCAAGAAACACGAGCAAUGGAUAUUAGACCGGUGGAAAUGUGUCCUUUGGUCUGGAGUCCAACCGCCGUGUCUUUGUGAGACGCGGUGUGGGUGAACGGAUGAUCUCUGCAUGUGUAUUUCCCACCGUAAAGCAUGGAUGAGGAGGUGUGAUGGUGUGGGGGUGCUUUGCUGGUGACACUGAUGUUAUUUAUAAUUCAAGGCACACAACCAGCAUGGCUACCACAGCAUUCUGCAGCGAUAUGCCAUCCCAUCUGGUUUGGGCUUAGUGGGACUAUCAUUUUUCCUGUUUUCAACAGGACAAUGACCCAACACACCUCCAUGCUGUGUAAGGACUAUUUGACCAAGAAGGAGAGUGAUGUAGUGCGGCAUUAGAUGACCUUGCCUCCACAAUCCCCCGACCUCAACACAAUUGAGAUGGUUUGGGAUGAGUCGGACCGCAGAGUGAAGUAAAAGCAUAUGUGGGAACUCCUUCAAGACUGUUGGAAAAGCAUUCCAGGUGAAGCUGGCUGAAAGAAUGCCAAGAGUGUGCAAAGCUGUCAUCAAGGCAAAGGGUGGCUAUUUGGAAAAAUCUCAAAAAUCAAAUAUAUUUUUAUUUGUUUAAUACUGUGAAUUCUACAUGAUUCCGUAUAUUUUAUCAUAGUGUUGUUGUCUUUACUAUUAUUCUGCAAUGUAGAAAAUAGUAAAAAAUUAAGAAACCCUUGAAUGAAUAGGUGUCCUAAAACUUUUGAGCGGUAGUGUGUGCUUUUUUACUUAAUGGAUGAUUUUUUAAAAUGUUUUCUCUAAGUUUUACUGUACACCUUGGUAAAUAUAUACUGCAUUUCAAACAGUCA